GGGACACAAGUAGGAAGGCUCUUACGUGUUGCCCAAACGUGACGACAGAAAAGGAAACCUUGAAGAUAUUUUACUUGUGCACAAGCUUGGAGAAAGGAUGCGCACCAUGAAAGAAGACUUCAUCAUGCUUUGUCUAGAGCAGUUUUGCAAGCACUGUCACCAACCUAUUGUAUCUGGGAGAAGUUGGGUUUGCACUAGCUGUAAAAAUUUCCAUCUUUGCGACAGGUGUCAUGCAGAGGAGCAGAAUACAGCACAGAAGGACAGGCAUCCAGCCACAACAAAACAGAAGCAUGCAUUUCAAAGAAUAGAGGUAGAACCACUUCCGGAGACUGACGAUGGAGAUCCAACAAUGGAAAGCAAGUAUUUUGACAGCAGAAUAGAUUUCUUGAAGCACUGUCAAGACAACCAGUUCCAAUUUGAUACCAUCCGGCGGGCAAAACAUUCUACGAUGAUGAUUCUUUAUUACCUACACAAUUCGACUUGUUCUGCUUGCCACUGUGCUGUGGAUCAAUGCUUGGUGUGGCGAUGCCUAGAGUGCCUAGGCUGCACCUUUUGUGAUCCAUGCUACAAACAAAAUGGUGAAAGUUUGCAUAUUCAUGAAUUAAGACAGAUUGAUGCUAGCAAAACAAUGCAGAUGAAUGCUAUACAGGACUACGUUGAAGGCCUUGUGCAUGCAUCAAGAUGCUUUGAUCCUUGCAACUGCACUCUUCAAGUUUGUUUAACCUUGAAGAAAUUGUUCUUCCAUGGCGUUCGAUGUGAUAUCCGUGCCCGCAACUGGGGAGGUUGCAACAAGUGUGUCUUCAUGUGGAAACUUCUGCUAUGGCACUCAAAACAUUGCAACGACGCAAACUGUAUGGUUCCCAGAUGCAGGGAUAUAAAGGCAUACAUGACUGAAAAGAUAAAGCUUGGUGGUCCUGUGUUGUAGCAGGCCAGCGGAUCAGAAGCUGGCCUCUUGUCUACACUAUUGGAUUUCUCCCCCUCAUUAACCUGUAAAAUUUUGUUGAUGAAAAUGCAAUAUGUCGCUGAUGGAUGGAACUGCAAGGUAAAUAAGGCUGCUUCAUUGGAACUUUUUGUUCCGCUGGUUUUCCCAGGCAUUGACGAUAGAAAGGCAGGCCAGUUCGCCGAGCUUCUACAAUGGUCGUGGCCUAUAUGUCAUUGAGGGAAUUACCAACGGGAGCUUACAUUAGGCAAUCUGACAUUUUAGUGUCCGUAUAUAUCAUGUACAUAUAGGUGGAUCAACAGGAUAGAUGUUCUGUUUCUUCAUUGCCUUUCAGUUUUGUUCCAGAUUGUAUUGAACAAGGCCACAUUUUUGUCGAGUGUUUCUGUGCUGUGGCGAUAAAUCCAAAUUCAUUGAAUGAAUGAAUGUGUAUAUUUACAUCUCCUCUUA